AGGUUUAUAUUUAUAAAAUAUAUAUUUUUUUAUUUAUCGAAUCAGUAUAUCCCUGUUUUGAACCAAGAGCCAUACUGCAAGGAGUGUUACAUAUCUUUAGUACUUUCCCCUGCCUUACGUCACAUCUGAUAAAUCUUAUCUGGUUAGACAGAAUUCAGUGUCAUACACUCACUCAGUAUCAGCACUGAACAGUGAACACACACUUUACACGAAAUGUCUCUAGUCAAGCAGAAUCUCCUCCCGAAUAAUGAGGCAAACAUCAAUAAACUGAUCAACCUCAAACUGACGGCUUCAUAUGUGUAUCUCUCCCUGGGAAUGUAUUUUGACCGAGAUGAUGUGGCUCUGCCCAACUUCUCAAAGUUUUUUCUAGAGCGUUCACUGAAGGAGAGGGAUCAGGUGGAGCACCUGCUGGAGUAUCAGAACACAAGAGGAGGACGAAUCGUUCUCCAGACCAUUGCGAAGCCCAGUCGUGAUGAUUGGAAAGGAGGUAUGGAUGCUAUCACUUUUUCUCUGGACCAUCAGAAAUCUCUUAACCGAUCCCUGCUGGAGAUCCAUAAAGCAGCUGGAGAAAACUCUGACCCUCAUCUGUGUGAUUUCCUAGAGAGCAACUUCUUUACUGACAGUCAUGACACCAUUAAGACGCUGGGUGACUACGCUGGCAGCCUGAGUCGCCUCGUCUCUGCUGACCCGCAUGGCAAAAUGGGAGAGUACCUGUUUGACAAGCACACUCUCUGAUCCGCUCAGAUCUGAGUUCUGUUGCCAACAUUCCGUUAAACAAUAUGUGCAUUGGUGAAGGAGUUUAAGGAUUUUUGCACAACCGUUUCAUUUCAUUGUUUUCACCUUUCAAAAGGCAUUUUGGUAAGAACCACCCAGUGUUUUGAUACCACAAUUUGAAGUACUUUUAAUCUAUUUAAAAGUGGGACUAUACUAUGAAAUGUGCUAGUCCAAACAUGGUACCUCGAGUUCAAGCCUUGACUACCGCGUGUCUGUUUACAGAAUUGUAUAGGUGCUAGUGUAAAGCCAUAUCUUACCAAAGACCAGCCUAUAGGCUCCUGUAGGUUCUUCAGGAGAGGUUUAGUACAGUGUACCAGUGAAAAGGAGUGUUUAUAUGUACGUAUUGUACUCCAGAAACUUUAGUUGCUGUGAAUUGUUAUACCUCAAAUAUGGUGCUUAAUGUCAAUAUGGCAACAACAAUAAAUCAAGCAUUCCACACAAAAAAAGAUUGUUCUCUUUUUUUGCAGGU